CCGGCGCUGCCUCCAUGGCGACGCGGCGGAAGGGCAGUCGAAGAUGGCGGCCGAGCCGGGCGGCGGGCGCCCCUGGCCGUGCCGCCGCUGCCGGCCGCUGCUCGCCGCUUUUACCGCCGCGCUGCUGUUGCUGCCGCUUCUGGGCUGCGGCCGUGCCGCCGUCCUUUCUCCCUCCUCUUCCUCGUCCUGUCGCCACCGCGUGCCCAGCGGCGACGAGGUUGUCUACCAAGUUCCUCUAAAGGAAAAUCAUGUCUUGAAGAGAAAUGUGGAUCAGCAGCUAAGAAUUAACAUUACCUAUGACAGAAGUGUUGAGAAUUUGCUCCCUGAGAAAAGACACCUUAUAAAGAGCAAACUUUUUCCACAAGCUAUAUCUUAUUUGGAGAAGACAUUUCAAGUGCGCAAAUCCAGGGGUACUAUAUUACUAAGCAGGCAGUGUGCCACAAACCAAUACUUAAGGAGGAAAGCGGAUCCUCACAGAUACUGCCGAGGAGCCUGUGCAGACCACACAAGGUGUGGGCCAGUUAUAGUUCCUGUGAAACAUCUCCAGCAAUGCAGGGUCUGCAGUGAGAAUGAAUGGCACUGUGGGCCCACCGGCUUACCUGACCAAGAAGGGGUUCGAGAUGCUGACUUUGUGCUUUACGUUAGUGCUCUCACUACUGAAAGGUGUGGCCAUGAAAAUAUCAUUGCGUAUGCAGCCUACUGCCAACUGGAAGCUGAAAUGGACAGGCCAAUAGCAGGAUAUGCUAACUUGUGUCCAAAUAUGAUUUCAACACAAGCUCAGGAGUUCGUUGGCAUGUUAUCUACAGUGAAACAUGAGAUUAUCCAUGCACUGGGUUUCUCUGCUGGACUGUUUGCAUUUUAUCGUGAUGAUGAUGGAAAACCUCUGACAGCAAGAUAUGCAGAUGGACUCCCUCCUUUUAAUGAAAGUCUAGGUUUGUAUCAGUGGAGCAAUAAAGUCAUUCAUAAAGCAGUGAGGUUAUGGGACAUACGUGGAGGAAAAAUGCUGCGCCACGCUGUUCAUCUUCUGAUAACACCUCGUGUAGUUGAGGAAGCUCGAAAACAUUUUAAUUGUCCAAUUCUGGAGGGAAUGGAGCUUGAAAAUCAAGGUGGCAUGGGUACUGAGCUCAAUCACUGGGAAAAAAGAUUGUUGGAGAAUGAAGCAAUGACUGGAUCCCAUACACAGAAUCGAGUCUUUUCCAGGAUCACCUUAGCUUUAAUGGAAGAUACAGGCUGGUAUAAAGCAAAUUACAGCAUGGCAGAGAAAUUAGAUUGGGGGCGCAAUAAAGGCUGUGACUUUGUGAUGAAGAGCUGUAAAUUCUGGAUUGACCAAAAGAGACAAAAGAGGCAAUUAAUCAGUCCAUACUGUGACACUUUGAGGAGUAAUCCUUUGCAGUUAACCUGCAGACAGGACCAAAGAGCAGUAGCAGUGUGCAACUUGCAGAAGUUUCCAAAGCAGUUACCUCAGGAAUAUCAGUAUUUUGACAGUCUUGAUGGAGUACCAGCAGAAGAAUUGCCUUAUUAUGGUGGCUCAGUAGAAAUUGCUGACUAUUGUCCCUUUAGUCAAGAAUUCAGUUGGCAUUUAAGUGGUGAAUUUCAGCGCAGCUCAGACUGUAGAAUAAUUGAAAACCAACCAGAUCCUACCAAAAACUAUGGUGCAGAGAAAUAUGGACCAAACUCUGUAUGUCUUAUUCAGAAAUCUGCUUUUGUCAUGGAACAGUGCAGGAGGAAACUCAGUUACCCUGACUGGGGUAGUGGAUGUUAUCAAGUUUCUUGUUCUCCGCAAGGGCUGCAUGUGUGGGUCAAGGACACGGUGUACUUGUGCAGCCGCUCGGGUCAGGUAUUAACUGUGAGCAUUCAGAUGAAUGGCUGGAUACACAUUGGGAAUCUGAUUUGUCCAGCCUGUUCGGACUUCUGUGACUCCUGUCCUCCAGAGCGGGAUCCUCCAGCUUCUAACUUAACAAGAGCUGCGCCCAUCGACUUGUGCUCCUGCUCAUCUAGCCUGGUUGUAACCCUUUGGCUGUUGAUGGCUAAUUUAAUUCCCCUGCUAACAGGAUUAUUUCUCUGCGCAUAGAGUUAAGCAUGGGGCAAGAAGCUGUUCCAAGAUGAAACACCAUCAUGUUGCACUCCUUAUUAUGGAGCAUGGAGUUUUUUUGUCUCUUCAGGCAGCUGUCUUCUGCUGAAACUCAUCCCUCCUGGCAAGUGUCGGUGCAGACAGUAGUCAUGGAGGUGCUGGCAAAAGCAGCCAGAAUUUGAGAGGAGAAAAAUUUACCUUGUCAUCUCAAUAAGUGCCAGUAUUUUCCUGAAUUGCAACCUUUGAUUUAUCUUUUUUUUGAGGCAGUUAGAAGAUCCACUAUGCCAACUGCGUUAGACUACCUGGCAAUUCGGUCAAGAUUUGAAACAAGAACUCUUCCGUUAUAGAACUGAGGGGGGUUUUUUGUUAUGUCCUGUGUGUGGCUGGCAGCAAAGCAUCCUCAACUAGAAAUAUACCUCAGUGGUUUAGUCAAAAGCCAUGUAAAAAUCAGUUAUCAUCACUGCUAAUAACCCAGGCCUGAAUAGGUGUGGGGAUUUUUUUUGUGUGUUUUUGCCACUUCUUACAAAUUAUGGGGGUAAGAAGUAAUUUAAUGGAAUAGACCAAUGGUUGGCAAUUGCCUCCACAACUGGAUUCUGCAGCUUUGAGGCUUCUCAGAAUUCAUACUAGUUUGCAGUAAUGUGACUAAUUCUUGGGCUUCACUUAAACCUUCCUAGGUGCACCAAGCAGAAUUUCAGGCUGGUAACCAAGACAACUCUCUGGAAAUCUUAUUCUCUUUAGCAUGUGCCAGUUCUGCUGUGAAAUUGAAUACAUCAAAUGUUUGAAUAUUCUCUUGCUAGGCAAAGGCAUUUCAGUACUGACACCCAAUCUGUAAAAUUGGGAUAGGAUUUCUGAUUAUUUUUCAUUUUUUUGGUUUGUUUCUUAAAUAAUGGAUUUUUUUUUUUUUUUUCUUUAAGUAGUAUGAACAAAAUGCAGCUGUUCUCACUUUUUGUUGAUGGGCAAACAAGUAGCAAUGGCAGCUAUAAUCUUGCAGGACCAUGUGGGUUCUCUAAACCAAAACCAGUAUUGAAUAUGUAAAGAAAUCUGUCUUUAUUUUUAGCUUUUUUUUUCCCUCCACUUUUCUUCUUGGACAUAAAUACUGUGGAUUAUUUGAGCAUUUGUAAGAAGUCGAGAAUUGGACAUUUUGAACCACAUGAGGGCACAGCUUGUUACAAAGUGAAUCACUUGAUGGACAAAAUAUGUAAGAGACAGGAAAGGAGCAAAAUCUGUCUACCUAAGGACAGCUGCUCUAUGCAACACUUGUAAGGAUGUUUGUAUUUGUUUCUGACUCUAUAAUGUAUAGCAAAUAAUCCUGUUCGGAGUAAAAGAAACUCUUAGGUGGUCCAGUCCACUGUCUGUCCUGUUAGGAUAGUUUUCGUUGUUGGAAAAGUGUUAAACUGGAGGGAGCAGACAUGCCCAGUGCGUUAAAAAAUGCAAGUGCGGGGAGAAAGAUCAUGUUACUCUGCUUCUUAAAUGUGUGUGAUGUUAGAAUUGUCGGUGACUAGAUCCCUUUCUAAAGUGAAAGGUAGGUGGAAGGGGAUAGAGUAAAAUUUAUUUAGCUACAAUUAACUUAUUUAACAAUAGGACUUCCAUUGUAAUUAUAAGAAAAUCUUUGUGCCCACUGGACUUGGGUUUUUUUUUUAUUUAAAGAAACUCUUACAACACUGCUGAGGUGAGUAAGCUGCAGCCUAAAACUGUCUGAAGGCAUCACAGUCAAGAGAGUACCUUGCACUGGGCUAGUUCCCCUUCUUAACUGCAGGUUAAGUUUGCUUUGAAUUAUGCAAGGCCUAGGCUAGCCUUAAGUAGGUGUUUCUGAGAAGCAAUACAAAUUAGGAAUCAAAUGCUUUAAAUGUGUACAAAUUCCAAUUAAGAAACACUCAGAUUAAUAAGUGAACACUGAUUAUUUUAAUAUAUGCACAAUCAACAGUCAGUGUCAAUUGACUCCUUGAAAACAUAAAGGUUUGAAAAUGCAUCUUAGGUCCCAGAGGUUGAUAUUGUAUUUUUUGUCUGUUGUGCAAUAAUACAGUUUAAAUGGUAUCACUCAACAAAACAAUGCUUUUGAUACUUGAAAAGAAAUUAUUGGUUAUUUUUUCUUACUGUGAAAUAUUUGCACUGUCUGAACUUUCUGGUUAACUUUAUAACUGUUAAGCUUUUUUACUGGUGUUAAUUUAUUGUGCUCGGUAUUUGAUAUGCUGGUCUCCUGUCUGUGUAAGUGUAAAAUUUGUCAUAUUUAAUUGAAUAUUUUCAUCUUCAACACAGUUGUUUAUCUUGAGGGUUUUUCUUUUAUUCUCUCUUCAUGAGAAUUAGUGGAAGAUGGCUUAAAAACUCAGUGCUCACCUACUUCUGAAUUGUAUGCAUUCUCUAAAGAAAGAGGCCGUAGUGUGUUGCACCCACAGGGGAAAACCAACCUGCCUGCCUGUCAGAGCUCUUAUGGUCGGGUUCACCCAGCCUUGCUGAGUAGCUGCAUCAGUGAAGCAAACUAUUACUGCCUUAAUAAUCUGAAGUAUCAGUCAUAACUUCUUUGAUGUGCAGCCCCUUCAACUGGCUGUGAACUGCAGAAUUGGAUGUGGCUUUGGGGAGUCAGGCAAGGAAGGUGCUUUAACCAGCAAAAUCCAACACAUUCUGUCCUGUCAGUGCGGUAGCAGCUGUAGCCAUGUUGGAACUGGCAAGAGAUGUGUUGAGUUCAAUUUAAAGCGAGAAUGAAUUGGUGACUAUCAAAAAGAGUAUUUGAGUAAACCUGACUACCUCAGUUCUGUUUGACUCAAGCUUCUAGCCUGCUGUGAACUUCCAAAUCUUAAAAUGAAGUAAAAAAGCAACUCAGGUUUUUAAGAGCAAAAUAAAUACAGUAGGAAGCAUAAGCCAUUUCUGACUGUGGAACAAAGCUAAAAUUGUGGCUUAAACCAAUCAGUUAUGUAGCCUUAAGCAUAGUUAGCCCUGUAAAAGCUGGUAUUGGCUUUGAAUAAAUACAAAGUUUGCAGGCAGCUACUUUAGGUGUCCUAAUCCCUAUUGUGGCAAGUCCCUAUUGUGGAAAAUGUCUUUAGAAAAUCCUACUGCAUCUCUGAUGUGUGAAAACUCUGAGAUACAUCCCAAACGCGCCUUUGUGUGUUCACCAGUGCAGACGGGCAGCAGGAGCCCUGGAGAUGGUGCUCACAGAUAAUGGAGUUAGCUUGUCUGUAGCAAAAACAUGUUCAGUGUGUAAUGCCCACAGCUUUAGUUUUUUUAAACAUUCUGUGUUUGCUUAUGGAAGUAAAUUAGUCUUGCAGUCUUUUUUUUACUCCCUUAGUUCCAAUCUAUAGCAGUUCAAUUAGAAGUCGAGGCAAGUCAUGUUUUAGGAAGACAUUUUUCUAAUAUUUCAAAUAAUUGUGAGGAGGAAAAUGCAGCAAGUAAAAUCACACUGAAAAGCUGGAAAUCCAUUGCUCUUGAAACAAAUUAAGAUCUUGGGAGACUGUUGCGGCUUUGCAUGUAGGUUAAUUACAGAGAGAGAACUUCCUACGUGUGACUUUCAGCCGGCUGAGCAGGUCACGGUCUUUCCCCUGCAAGAUGUAACAAUCUUCAGGAUUUGGGUCUGUUUGUAAGCUGAAUAAUGUGAUCUUAUACUACCGGACUUCUAAAACACAAACGUUGCCUUUUUAAUGUGAAGCUUACCUUGGAGAUAAAACAACUGUUGUGAGAGAAGUGGCUGACCUUGAACGUGUGUUUCCUAUUUUAGUACAGAAUGUAAAUAGAGAACAAACUUUUUUACAUAGAUUUUGAUGGGAUUGAGAUAUAAGGGCUAAUUUUUGUUAUUUAUGGAGUAAAAAUGUCUUUAUUUUACUGUUUAAAAAAAGUAUAUCAUGCAAAAGAAGGAAAAAAUGUUCAUCAAUAAAAUGUCUUUAGAAAAUUGAUUCUUCCUGUGCUUUCCUUUGAGCUGACACUUACUAACUGCAAGCAUAAACACAAUAAAGAACCAGCAUUACAACAGUCAUUUUUGAGAGAAUUUUGAAACAUGAAAUGACAUGAAGUCUGCAUAAUGCUCACUUUAUUAAACCGUUAUUUGAUACACUUUGAAUUUGAAAUGUUCUGUGUUGUUACUAGCUCGUACAUGACUUAUCAGAAGUUCAGCCUGCCGGAGAAGUGGGGAGAUUCCCGAAUUCUCUAUCCCACCCUCAUCUAUUUGAUGUUUAAAAAUUAUGCAAUAUCUAAGUCUUUAUCCACUUGGAAUGAGAGAUCAUCAUAACCAGUUUUGUGUAAAAGAUUUGGCUACGCUUCCCACUUCAGCAGAAGGAGUGGUGGCAUUGCCUGCGGUGGCUGUGAGCGGUCACAGAGCGGCCUUCACUGCUCUGCAGCAGGGAUCCGCGCCGCUGCAGCUGCUGGUACCCGAGCGAGCUGGGAGACUGAGCUUUUUACAACUGAUUUAUAAUUACAAUACAUUUAUAUAUAUCACUCUGAUAAAUGUGAGAGAGAGAACACUUCUCGAAAAUGCAGAGUAAAGAUGAUUUUAUAAUCUAGCUUUUUUUUUUUUUUUUCCUUUUUUCUUUCCCCUAAGCAAUAUGUCAGCAAAUACAGAGAGAGAUUAAAAAACCCCACUUGCCUUCCUCUCUGCUGUUUUGGAAAACUGGAUAAAGUGAAGCAAAAGUAGGUUACUCUUCCUUUUCGUUUGCCUUGUCUCAAAAUAGGACUCUUUCAAAAGGGUUUUAAAGCUUAUAAAACGUGCCACUGUUCAUUCUAUAGAUGGCUUUAACUGUGAAAAACAUCAGGUAUGUAAAGUUACCCAAACUUUACAUACAACGUUUAAAAACUUUUAAUGUUCCAAAAUUAGCGCCAGCUGUAGCAAAAUAAACCCCCUGCUCUACGAACCAGUUUGUGUUUAAAAUUCAGAAGUAGAUAGAGAUCCCUCUCCACAACUGUGAGAUGUGGUGCUUAAGCCACAGCAGGGUCAAGCGUUAUUCCGCAGCCUGGGACGAUGCGGGAAGCUGCACUGGUGUCAGCCCAGUGGAGCUUCCCAGCAGAGUUAAAAUGCAACCCAGCGUCAGAUGCAGUUUUACAGCGUUUCUGUGCGUCUGCAGCGGUCAUUUUCAUGCAUGUAUAAAAAGUCAAGUACCACAGGGGGGGUUCGCUGUUGCUGGUUGUGUCCUCAGAACAGCAGCACUGCACAAGCUGCAGGCUGGGCUGUGCAUACACCCUCCCUGUCAACCUGCACUUCUUCCCUUUCAGCUCCUACCAAUUUAUGACUAUGACUUGCUGAGAAAUCCUGACCCUAACACAGAUGUAUUUGGUUAUUCCCACUGUUUUAUCUGUAUUUCAAUGGAAUACAGUAAGUUUCACAAAGGUCAGGCUACUACUGAGGUUUCUUCGUGUCCUGAAUUUGAAGCAAACAUCCCCCCCCCCUCCCCAAGAAAACCUUCGUGUCUCCUCCACCCUGCCCCUGAAGCUGUUUUAUAUCUACAUCUGCUGAACAUUCAUGUGCGUCUGAGCGUAGUGACAAUACCUAUUUU